AUGAACGUAAACGACCUCCUCUCCUCUCCCCUCGCUCUCGACGACCCUGGCUUCAAAAAGCGCCCCCGCGCCGAAACCCUCCCCGGGACCCAACAGCAAUCCCUCGAGGUUGAUAUCCCAACAAUCUCCGAGCUCACCACCCAAUUCCCCACCCGGAGCGCAUUGCACGCGCACCUUAACUCCCUCCCUAGAUCAAUGCUUAUUGCAAUGCUGCUCGCAGAGAAUAAGGACGCGACAGGGCCUGUGGAAAAGCUCGCACACUGUGUAUACUGCCACCAACCGUUCGAUAAGAGCGUGGAGGUACAGGACUGCAAGGUAGAGCAUUUUGGUGACCAGGAUGGGCCGGCGUGGGAUUGCUGUGGGUUGGAGAUCCUUGAGUAUGUCGACUAUUCCAAUGAGGGUUACCAUGCGGCCCCGGAGAAUAUUGAGUCGCCAUAUUGUUAUGAGGGCGUACACCGUGAGAGCUUGGUUAGUGAGGAAGAGGCAGCGGCGGAGGCGGAUAACGGUGAAGUUUGGUGGAGCGAGUUUGGGGAGCGGGGACCGGAUUGCAAGAGUAUGGGGUGUUACGAUAAGGUCAGUCGUGGGCAUUUGGAUAAGAAGACUAAAGCUGGGUAA